AAUAUAAAUACAAAUUUCAAUUCAAAAUUGAGCUAGCGAGAUUUUCGCAUUUGAAUAAACCAAAACUUCCGCAGCAAUAAAGAAGGGUGGGAAAUCAAGUCAAAGUGCAUCGAAGACGCAGCGCGUUAAAAAUAAACCAAUAAAAGGCAUACAAAAUGGCCACCAGCGAGAUUUCCAGCUCCAACGAGCGGCAUUAUUAUGCCAAGCUGGAGGCAAUCAAGGAUAUCAGGGACAAGACACUGGCGCUGGAGAAACUCAAGGUGCGCAUCAUCAAGGAGGUGAAGCUGAGCGACGACGAGGAGAAGUGCCUCGAUGAAUACCGCAAAGAAAUGGAGCAUCUGCUCGAGGAGAAGAUGUCGCACGUGGAAGAGCUGCGCCAGAUCCAUGCUGACAUCAACGACAUGGAGAACAUCAUCAAGCAGACGAAGGAGAACCAGACGCGCUCCUUCGACAUGGCCAAUCGGGUCUACGAGGAAUAUCUCGCCCUCAAAUAUCAAAUCGAUCACAUGCGUCGCGACUAUCUCGGAUUGAGUCCGUUGCGUGACCUGCACGAGGAGGAGGGCAGCCCCAUUUCGAAAGAUCGCUUCCAGACCAACUUUCUCAAAGUUGCCGCCCAAUCGGCGGCAGCGGCAGCAGCAGCAGCAGCCGCCGCAGCAGCAGCAGCUGCCGGCGGCGCACAGCCCACAUCCUUGGCCCGUCCGCAUGCCCGUCAUCCGCUGAUGGCUGAGGCAACGGUCACCGCCAUGCCACCAAAUGCAGCCGGUGGCGCUGGCGGCAUGGCCGGCACGGGCAGCGGCGGCCAGACGAUGCCAAGCGGCGGUGGUGGUGGCGUUGGUGGUGCCGGUGGCGGUGGUCCUGGUCAUGCCUUCAUGCCGCCGGCACCGCCGGGCGGAGCUGGCAGUGUUGCUGCUGCUGCUGCUGCGGUGGCUGCAGCGCGUCUGGGCAAGAGCGAUUUUUCGGCACCGCCGCCACCGCCGCCAAGCACAAAUCGCUUGCAGCAAUCGCCAUCGAUUGGGAUUGGACAUCAUCCGUCGUUUCGCUCCGAUUUCAAUGUGAAUCUGCGUCAACAGCCACCGCCGAUGAAGUCCUGUUUGUCCUGCCACCAGCAGAUCCAUCGUAAUGCCCCCAUUUGUCCCCUUUGCAAGGCAAAGUCGCGUUCCCGCAAUCCCAAGAAGCCCAAAAAGAAGAACAACUAAUCACACAACACCCAACAAUUCUCUCAGUGUAAAUGUUUAAGCAUGUUUCAUUUAAGUCACAUUUUUGCCACCCUUUUUUUUUUUGGUUUCUUACAUAUUUAUUUAUUAUUCAUAUUAUUAUUAACCCAACGAAAGUAUUACCUUUUUGUCUCACAUUAACCAUUAGCGUGUAAGCUUCAGCUAAUUAUUAUAUUAAUAAUAAUAAUAUUGUUCUCGUCUUUUCUGUCAUCUAUGCUAGUUUGUUUGUUCUAUCAGUUUAAGUUAAUGUUCUACAUUUAAGCCUAAAUAAGUCCAUAUAUCGUGUGUCAAAUUAUGUCUAAUUACCUUUUUAAUAUGUACACGUAAGCAUUCAAAUAGUGAAUCAAUAAUAACAACAUUUUUUCCAA